GCACAGGUACUUUUGGGCGGGUUCAUCUGGUGAAAGAAAAAAUGGCCAAACGUUACUUUGCCCUGAAAGUAAUGAGCAUUCCAGAUGUCAUUCGGCUAAAACAAGAACAACAUGUACACAAUGAGAAGUCAGUCUUGAAAGAGGUCAAUCACCCAUUUCUGAUCAGAUUAUUUUGGACCUACCAUGAUGAACGCUUUUUAUACAUGUUAAUGGAAUAUGUACCUGGAGGAGAACUUUUUAGUUAUCUGCGUAACAUGGGGCGUUUCAACAACAGCACAGGACUGUUUUACUCUGCGGAGAUUAUUUGUGCAAUAGAAUAUUUGCACUCCAAAGAAAUCGUUUACAGAGACUUAAAGCCUGAAAAUAUAUUAUUAGAUAAAGAAGGGCAUAUCAAGCUUACAGAUUUUGGAUUUGCUAAAAAGCUGGUGGAUAGAACAUGGACGCUGUGUGGCACACCAGAAUACCUUGCACCAGAAGUGAUACAGAGUAAAGGUCAUGGAAGAGCCGUGGACUGGUGGGCUCUAGGAAUUUUGAUAUUUGAGAUGCUGUCGGGGUUUCCUCCAUUUUUUGAUGACAACCCAUUUGGUAUAUAUCAGAAGAUUCUUGCUGGCAAAAUAGAUUUCCCCAGACAUUUGGAUUUGUAUGUGAAGGACCUUAUUAAGAAGCUUCUAGUGGUUGACAGGACAAGGCGAUUGGGAAAUAUGAAGAAUGGAGCAGAUGAUGUGAAAAGGCAUCGGUGGUUCAGGUCUAUAGACUGGGAUGCUGUACCUCAAAGAAAACUUAAGCCUCCAAUAGUGCCGAAGGUAUCCAAUGAUGGAGAUACAUCUAAUUUUGAAGCUUAUCCUGAAGAUGACUGGAACAAAACCCCUCCUGUAGCCCCUAAAGAUCUAGAAAUUUUCCAGAACUUCUGAGGGUGGACGACCAAAUUCGGCAAGUUUUAUGUUGGAAACUGGAAGAAGUUUGAAGUGGUAUUCGCAAGUUUGCAAAGAAGAACUGAGUACAUACAUGAAGACAUUCUUUGACAUGUAGGAGAGUGUUAUCACAUUCAUAUGUGCACAUUAGUAGAUAAAUAUUUAAACAAUUGGCAGGCAAGUGAGACUCAUUUUAACUGUAUAGAAUUGGCAUUAGUUUAGCAAAUUGUGAU